AUUGAGGCCCAAUUUUUAGGGUUUUAGGUCUAAUAUAUACUCUCUCAUGCGCCAACCACAUCCUUCUCUUCGUUACUCUCUGUAAUUUCUAACUCCGGCGCCAAAGCUUUCUCCUCUGUCGCGCUCAACCGAGAGGGUCAAUAUGUAUACUGCAUUGCAAAAAAUUCACAAAGACAGGGAUGCUGAACCCUCUGAAUUUGAGGAGAAUGUUGCUCAGGCUUUGUUUGAUUUGGAAAAUACCAACCAAGACAUUAAGAGUGACUUGAAAGACCUCUAUAUUAACUCUGCAGUCCAAAUUGAUGUUGCUGGAGGUAAGAAGGCUGUUGUGAUCCACGUCCCCUACCGACUGAGGAAAGCUUUCCGCAAGAUUCACCCUAGGCUGGUGAGAGAGCUUGAGAAGAAGUUCAGUGGAAAGGAAGUCGUUGUAAUUGCUACCAGAAGGAUAGUGCGCCCACCCAAGAAGGGUUCUGCUGUCCAAAGGCCUCGAUCCCGCACCCUCACUUCAGUGCAUGAAGCUGUGCUCGAGGAUGUUGUGUAUCCUGCUGAGAUCGUUGGAAAACGUAUCAGAUACAGGCUUGAUGGAUCAAAGAUUAUGAAGGUGUUCUUGGAUCCUAAGGCAAGGAACGAUACUGAGACAAAGCUGGAGACUUUUGCUGGGGUAUACAGGAAGCUUUCUGGGAAAGAUGUUGUCUUUGAGUUCCCGACAUUGGAGGCCUGAAAACCUACUGUUUCUAGAUUUACUUUCUAGUUCCUACUUUUAAUGGAUUAAUUAUGAGCUGUUUGAAGUUUUGACCAAGAGAAAUUUGGAUGGCUAGUAUAUGCUACUCAUUUUUGUAGCAAGUGUUUAAGUGGUUCUCUUCUCUUUGUUAUAAUGUCACUUUUGGUUAAUUUUUUUGGAUUGCAUUCA